UUUGGGAAUUGUAGUACCGACUAGAGGGCUGUGUGGGCUUCCUCGGCUUCCGCCGGACUGACUCUCACUUUGGGGAACUUUGAUUCCCAGAAGGCAGCGGGGCACGGGGAGGGGUCUCUGCUCUCGCUUCUGGCUCUGACGGAAUCCAGAAGGUAAAAGGUCGAUUUCUGAGGGACCUCCAAGGCAGGGUUUGAGCCGCCCAUUGGAUGCCAUGGGAGUCAGCCCUUCCCUGGGGCUUCCGCCCGUAGCUGGCCCCCAUCUUGUAGGCUGUGGAGAUGUGAUGGAAGGCCAGACUCGCCAGGGUAGCUUCUUCCGCCUCUUCUACCCCUGCCAAGAAACCGAGGGGGAAGUUGAGCAGCCCCUGUGGAUCCCCCGAUAUGAAUACUGCGUCGGCCUGGCAGACUUUCUGCGCAUCAAUAAGCGCUGGGGGGGAAUGCUAUUCAACGUAGCUAUGGGUUCCUGCCGCCUCCCCAUCAGCUGGAAUGGACGCUUUAAACCACAGGGCUCUGGGUACCCACUGAUCAUUUUCUCCCAUGGCUUGGGAGCCUUCAGGACCGUGUACUCUGCCUUCUGCAUGGAGCUGGCUUCUCGUGGCUUUGUGGUGGCUGUGCCCGAGCACAGGGACCAUUCUGCCUCAGCCACCUACUUCUACAAGCAUGCUACGGGGGAGAGCUGUCCCCAGGCUGGGUCACUGGAGGAGGAGUGGAUCGCCUACCGCAGGGUCGAGGAAGGAGAGAAAGAAUUCCGGAUUCGAAACCCCCAGGUGCAUCAGCGAGCUAAUGAGUGUGUUCGGGUAUUGAGGAUCCUGCAGGACAUUACCACGGGCCAGAAUGUCUCCAACAUCCUGCCUGGCGGAUUGGAUCUGAAGACUCUGAAGGGCAGCAUCGACCUAUGUCGAGUGGCAGUGAUGGGACACUCAUUUGGAGGGGCAACGGCCAUUCUAGCCCUGACCAAGGAUCCCCGUUUUCGAUGUGCAAUAGCUUUGGACGCCUGGAUGUUUCCCCUGGAACACAACUUCUACCCCAAGGCCCAGGGCCCCGUCUUCUUCAUCAACACUGAGAACUUCCAGACAGCUGAGAGCCUCAGCCGAAUGAAGAAGGUCUGUGCCCGUCACAGCCAGACAAAGAUCAUAACCAUCCUAGGUUCUGUUCAUCAGAGUCAAAGUGAUUUCACUUUUGUGACUGGAAAUCUGCUCGGUAAAUUCUUCUCUACCCAAACCCGAGGGAAGCUGGACCCUUACAAGGGACAAGAGAUUGUGGUGCAGGCCAUGCUGGCAUUCUUACAGAAACACCUUGAGCUGAAAGAAGAUUAUGAUCAGUGGGACAGCCUCAUUGAAGGUGUUGGACCAUCUGUGGCCCCCGGGGCCCCGCACCAGCUGAGCAGUCUCUAAAGAUGUUGGCCAUCUGGCGAACGGCGACUGAAGCCAGAUUUUUUCCGGUUUGGGUGGGGUUGACCCAAAUUGCCAAAUUCAUGGGACGUCCGUGAUCUCUUGUUAGAAAGCUUCCAACUAGGCAGUUCUCAACAAGAGCAGAUAAUCAUGCUGCUGAUUGAAGGGAUUGGGCACUUUUAUCUUUGACUUUUAUUGAUUUGGAACUCACACUUAGAACUUGGAGGUCGCUCAGAGCCAGGCAGUGGAGAGACAUGAAAUCCAAAAGUCUGAUACCUCGAGGGCACACGGAACAGUUGGGUGGGACCUAGAGCUUCACUCCCUGUAAGAAGGACAGGAUUUCAGGCCAGGGCAGAGCUCCCACCAAUUUGUAGUUCUUGUCUGGAGAGGAUUUGGAAGGAAAUCUGUCUUUUUAUCCUAUGCAAGAAUUCCUUCUACCACAUUCCUGUCUGUGGCUCUCUGGCCUCUCUGCUUGAACGCUUUUAAAGAUGGAGAAUUCACUGCUUCCCAGAGCAGACUGUUCCAUUUUUAGACAGCUCUUGUGUUCAGGAAGCGUUUCCUUACGUUAAAUUUACUUUUGUCGUUUACUCCCAUUCAUCCUAAUUCCCUCCUCUGGAGUCCCCAGUGUGGAUACAAUGCUUCUUAUUCUGUGUAUCUGCACCAGAACUUCCUUUAGGCUACUGUGUCGAGCUGUCUAUCCACAAAGGCCUCCAGGGAUGGCCUGGAUGGUCCCCGAGAGUCCCUGUUUAUUCUCCUUCCAUGUUAUCUGUGACCCAGGGAAAUUUAGUGGGGAGCACAGUCGCUGUAUCCAAUCUGACACCGUUUCAUGUAUGAGAGAACACUGUUUUCCCCGACCACAGGCAAUGUUCGGAAGCACAUCUAGGACUUUCCGGGGUCAGUCAGCCCAUUAUUCCCUUUGUCUUUGGAAAGCGCCUCAGACAAUUUCUGAUGGGCUCUGUCCUGUUUUUAAUGCCCCAGGGAAGGUAACUGAUCAUUUCUCCACGUGACUAUUUUCACAGCAUCUCCUUAACCCCUCAAAUCCCACACACUAGUCACGUGAUACCAGCAAACCACGCCGUGCCUCUCCCUUCCCUUCCUCCUCUGUGAAGGACCCGCCUUCAGUUCUAAAUCUGUGCCUUUCUUCCUCUCCAAAGACAUGUGAUGAGAUCAGAGCACUUUAAUUUCUGGCUUGUGAGCUCCGUUAAGGGCUGGGGCCGUCUUACACUUAAUCUGCACGAUGGUUGGCACAGUGCUGGGCACAUGGUUCCUUGAAAAUACUGCUGAAUGAAGGGACCCCGGGCCGCAUUGUUUGGGGGAAGGGGAGGGAGACCGAGAGAGGAGCUGCAGUCUGGGGUGUUUCAUGGCGCUGGGGUUUCUCCAGGGCUUUGUCAACAACAACAACCUCAGCUGGGAAUCAGCAGGAGGGGGGUGAGCCCAGGACAAGAACAAUCAUAGUCUUAUUAAGCGUCCCCUUGUACCAGCCACUGUCACCAGAGGCCGCUUAGUCCUCCUGGCUCUGUGGAAGAGCCCGGGGAGCAAGCUGUUUUAUCAUUCGAUUCAGGGGCCUGGCCCCUGCCGGAGUGGGUCACACCAACGUUGAGGGGCCACCUGUGGUUGCGAAACAACUCGUUAAGUCCAGACUCCAUUUUUCUACCAUGAUUUGUACCAUGCUUUGGUGUUUGUUGAUGGGAAUCAUACUGAGAUGAAUACGCAUGUAUUUGCCAAAUGAUAUAUACUGUAAUAUCUUUCAAAUCUGCAUUAAACCAAGAUGGGAAGCCAUUUGGACCUGC